CCUCCCCAGUUUCUCUUCUGCGACACACAGCCGUCGAGCCUCGAACCACCACUUGAUCUACUCGAUCACCCCCAACAGACCACAGUUUCCCCCAGUUCUCAACGAAUACACAUUGCAAACAUGGCGGAAGGAGCUGAAACAUUUGCCUUCCAGGCUGAGAUCUCUCAGUUGAUGUCCCUGAUUAUCAACACCUUCUAUUCCAACAAGGAAGUCUUCCUUCGUGAACUGAUCUCCAACGCCUCCGAUGCUCUCGACAAGGUCCGCUACCAGUCCCUGACGGACUCGUCGGUGCUUGACUCCGAGAAGGAGUUGUUCAUCCGCCUCACGCCCGACAAGACCAACAAGAUCCUCGAGAUCCGCGAUUCUGGUAUCGGUAUGACCAAGGCCGACCUCGUUAAUAGCUUGGGUACCAUCGCAAAGUCCGGAACCAAGGCAUUCAUGGAGGCUCUCUCCUCUGGCGCCGACAUUUCCAUGAUCGGUCAAUUUGGUGUCGGUUUCUACUCUGCUUACCUCGUUGCCGACCGUGUUGAGGUCAUCACCAAGCACAACGACGACGAGCAGUACGUCUGGGCCUCCGCUGCCGGUGGCUCCUUCACCAUCACCCGCGACACUCAGAACGAGCAGAUCGGCCGUGGUACCAUCAUCCGCCUCCACAUGAAGGAGGACCAGUUGGAGUACCUCGAGGAGAAGACUAUCAAGGACAUCGUUAAGAAGCACUCUGAGUUCAUUGGAUACCCCAUCCAGCUCGUCGUCGAGAAGGAAGUCGAGAAGGAAGUUGAGGACGAAGAGGUUGAGGUGAAGAAGGAAGAUGAGGAGGACAAGCCAAAGAUUGAGGAGGUCGAGGACGAGGAGGAAAAGACCGAGAAGAAGAAGAAGACCGUCAAGGAGAUUACCAAGGAGACCGAGGAGCUUAACAAGAUCAAGCCUCUCUGGACCCGUAACCCCGAUGACAUUACCAACGAAGAAUACGCUGCCUUCUACAAGAGCUUGUCCAACGACUGGGAGGAACACCUCUCUGUCAAGCACUUCUCCGUCGAGGGUCAACUCGAGUUCCGUGCCAUCCUCUUCAUUCCCAAGCGCGCUCCCUUCGACCUCUUCGAGACGAAGAAGAAGCGUAACAACAUCAAGCUCUACGUUCGCCGUGUGUUCAUUAUGGACGACUGUGAUGACUUGAUCCCCGAGUGGCUCAACUUCGUCAAGGGUAUCGUCGACUCCGAGGACCUUCCUUUGAACAUCUCCCGUGAGGUGCUUCAGCAAAACAAGAUCCUCAAGGUCAUCCGCAAGAACAUUGUCAAGAAGUGUCUCGAGAUGUUCCAGGAGAUCUCCGAGGACAAGGAGAACUUCAACAAGUUCUACGAGGCCUUCUCCAAGAACAUCAAGCUCGGUAUUCACGAGGACUCCACCAACCGCACCAAGCUCGCCGAGCUCCUCCGCUUCCACUCUACCAAGUCUGGUGAGGAGAUGACCUCCUUCAAGGACUACGUCACCCGCAUGCCCGAGAAGCAAAAGAACAUCUACUACAUCACCGGCGAAUCCAAGGCGGCCGUCGAGAACUCCCCCUUCUUGGAAGUGCUCAAGAAGAAGGGUUUCGAGGUCUUGUACAUGGUUGACCCCAUCGACGAGUACUGCGUCCAGCAACUCAAGGAGUUUGACGGCAAGAAGCUCAUGUCCGCCACCAAGGAAGGUCUUGAGUUGGAGGAGGAUGAGGACGAGAAGAAGGCUCUUGAGGAGCAGAAGGCCGAGUUCGAGCCUCUCACCAAGCAAAUCAAGGAGAUCCUUGGCGACAAGGUCGAGAAGGUCGUUAUCUCCAACCGCAUCAUCAACUCCCCCUGCGUUCUCGUCACCGGACAAUAUGGAUGGUCUGCGAACAUGGAGCGUAUCAUGAAGGCCCAGGCUCUCCGGGAUAGUUCCAUGUCUAGCUACAUGGCCUCGAAGAAGACCCUCGAGCUGAACCCCGACAACGCUAUCGUCAAGGCUCUCAAGGUCAAGGUCGCGGAGGACAAGAACGACAAGACCGUGAAGGACCUCACUCACCUACUGUUCGACACCGCCCUUCUCGCCUCCGGUUUCUCCCUCGAGGACCCGUCCAGCUUCGCCGGCCGCAUCCACCGGAUGGUCAAGCUUGGUCUGUCCAUCGACGAGGAGGACGCACCAGCGCAAGAGCACGAUGACCUGCCACCAUUGGAGGAGGCCACCGCCGAGUCCAAGAUGGAAGAGGUCGAUUAGAUACGUCCCUCGAGCUGCAACGUAACCCGUGUGUCAUUAUGUAUAUAAACCGUUGAGUUAAUUUAGUGGUCAUCCCCCCCUCCCUCAUGAAACUGUAUUUGAUAUUUCCGUGAAAUACACAUUCGAGAUACCAUUAUUUUGGAAAAACUGACGGCCGCGCUGUACACUUGUGAAAUUCUUUGCAUGAGUUCAUUGAACCCGUCGUUUGAAGC